CCAGCCUUGCCUUUUUAGGGCUUUUUCUUGGCUCUGAGAGAAGUUGCAAAGCACAGCUGGGAUCACUCUGACUCCAUCCGCACACCCUCGCCUAGUCCCUGCGUGUUCCCUCCCAGCUUCCUCUUCCCUACCGGGCUGUGGGAGGGGAAAGGAAGGAGGACCGAGGAGGGGGAGGAGCGUGGCGCUUUCAGCUGCGGCUGCGGGGGAGCAGCGGUGGGUGAUGUCCCGGACGCAGCAGCAAGAACAGGAUGGAUCUCGUGGGGGACUGGAGGAAGACAAGGAAGAGGAGGAGGAGGAGGAAGAAGUCGUGCAGAUCCGGCUGGGCGACAGGUGCUUCCCGGUGUGCAAGAGGAAGCUGAUCGAGCAGAGCGACUACUUCCGAGCCCUGUACCGCUCCGGGAUGCAGGAGGCACAAGGGCAAGGCCCGGAAGUGCAGCAGCUGCGCGGGGGACUCAGCGCCCUGGGCUUGGAGCUGGUGUUGGACUUCAUCAACACUUCCUGCCUGGCUAGGCUGGAACGAGAGGCGGAGCCCCCCCUGCUGGAGGAGCUGAUCGAGGCAGCUUCUUAUUUGCAGGUCACUCCCCUCCUGCGCCUGCUCCUCUCCCAGGUAAAGUUGGCAAAUUGCCUAGAGCUCCACCACCUGGCUCAGAUCUAUGGCCUUCAGGACCUGCAGGAUGCGUGUCUCGCCUUCAUGGCUGGCAACUACCACCAGGUGCUUCGCAGGCCCGAGGCCCGGCCUCAUCUCCUCCUGCCCAGUGCCCUACGACAGCAACUGAUGGAGAGGCGCAUGAAAGGUGUUGCAGCCUUGGUGGCCAUUGGGAACUUUAUAGGGCCCUGUUCCCUGGGCUGGCACCCCCAGGAGGACUCACCCUGCUCUAUGUUGCGGUAUGAUGAGGUUGCCCAGAGGUGGCGGCCACUGCUGAACAACCUGCCUCCCGACCUGGUGAAUGUCCAAGGUUAUGGGUCAGUGGUGUUGGAUAACUACUUGUUCAUUGUUGGGGGCUACCGCAUCACUAGCCAGGAGAUAUCAGCUGCCCACUGCUACAAUCCAUGCCUGAAUGAGUGGAGUCAGAUGGCUUCAAUGAACCAGAAAAGGUCAAAUUUUAAGCUUCUGGCUGUCAGUGGAAAACUCUAUGCCAUUGGUGGGCAAUCCCUCUCCAAUGUUGAGUGCUACAACCCAGAGCAUGACUGGUGGAACUUCGUGGCAUCUUUACCAAGCCCCCUUGCAGAAUUCUCAGCAUGCGAGUGCAAGGGUAAGAUUUAUGUCAUGGGAGGCUACACAACAAGAGACCGAAACUUGAACAUCUUGCAGUACUGUCCCACCUCUGAUAUCUGGACUAACUUUGAAUUGUGUGACAUCCACAUUCGCAAGCAGCAGAUGCUAUCUGUCGAAGAAACCAUUUAUAUUGUUGGAGGUUGCAUCCAUGAUCUGGGAUCAAACAAAAAAUCUGGCCAGAAUGAGGACAUGUUGACAGUACAGUCUUACAAUACUGCCACCAGAGAAUGGCUCUACCUCAAAGAAAACACGUCAAAAUCGGGUCUUAAUUUGACUUGUACUCUCCACAACGAUGGGAUCUAUAUACUGACCAGGGAUGUCACACUGUCUACAAGCUUGGAACACCGGGUUUUUCUGAAGUACAACAUCUUUUCAGAUAGUUGGGAAUCCGUUAGGCACUUCCCAACCUUCGGACAAAACAUGUUAGUUUGUUCUAUGUAUAUGCCACAACUGACCUGAGUGUAAACAGAGCUGUUUAAUUUUUUCCAUAAACAUCAUUAAAUUUU